AUGGAAGACUCUCCACCAAAGGAAUCCCCACAGAUUGCAGCCUUGGAGACAGGUCCUGGACCUGGAUACUAUAGCUUACCUCCAACAAUUGGAUUUGUCAACCAUGAUUACACCCGCUUCACCAGUCCUGCUUAUUCCUUUCGUCAGAGGCUCAACUAUCGUGCCCACGAUGCAAGUCCCGGACCGUGUUACUACGUGUCCCCUGAGCUUACACGCUUUGGCAGGGCGAAGGGCCCUUCUUACUCCAUGUUGGGACGAGCAAAAGCUCCAGGUCUGCCUCAAAGCCCCGGACCAGGUACAUACAGUCCAGAGAGGCUGGGACCCAGCCUUCAGCAGAGGGCGCCCUCCUUCUCCAUAGCUGCCCGCACCAAAUCCCGUCCCGUGGACCCCGUUCCGGCUUCCAACAGCUACAUCCUCCCCUCCCUGCUCAGGGCACGGAUCCCCAGCAGGCCCUCCAAGGCCACCCAUGCUCUCUCUGGCAAGAACGCCAAAGGCAGCGCUUCUCAGGACCCUCGCCAAAUGCCUGGCCCCACCAGUUACAAGCCCCGUGCACCCGCCGUCUGCUUCGGCCGCCCCGCAGCUUUCUCCAUCUUGAAGAGGCUCCAGAAACCCACAAAGGCCUUCCAGACUCCUGGGCCAGGAGCCCACAGCCCAGAAAAAGUGACCAUUCACAGGACAGGGGCGCCUUCCUAUUCUUUUGGCGUCCGUCACUCCGAAUAUCUCAUGCCGUUCAUCCCUGAUGCUCCAGAGUGGUAG